AUGCAUGUCUCACUGAUCGCGGAUAGUGUGCACCUCAUGAACAAUUGUGGGGAGCUGAUGCUGGUGCAUCGUUGGUGCGGACGACAGACGUCGCAGGAUAAAUCUGGGUCGGGCUACGACGCUUAUCGAGUUGAUUUGGACACCAGGACACUAUUCCUAGUCAAGAGCUUGGGCGGCCGUGCGGUGUUCAUGAGCUUGCAUUGCUCUCUUCCGAUGCCUCUAGAUGUUUUCCCCUCCGGCUGCCUUAGUGUUGACACCAUCUACUUAGGCUGGUGCCAACGCGGGCGAGAGGAGGGGCGCUACCGCCCGCACCGGGGCGAUAGGGAGGCGAUAGGCGGGGGAGAAGCACCCAUAGUGAACUUCACGGCGAAUGGACACGAGUACAACUAUGGUUACUACCUUGCCGACGGCAUCUACCCCUCCUGGCCGGUGUUCAUGAACGGUGUUACUCUUCCACAAAGUGAAAAGCAUCGACUGUUCACUGCUGCUCAAUCAGCUUGGCGCAAAGAUGUGGAGUGUGCCUUUGGAGUGCUGAAGGAUAGGUUCAACAUUCUAGCAGUUCCGGGACGCUCGUACUCGAGGCGUACUCUUGGGUUGAUCAUGCGUGCAUAUGUCAUUCUGCACAACAUGAUCAUCGACGAUGAGCGUGAUACAAAUUUGGAGAACAUCUAUGAGACAGUUGAUUCCAAUGUCGGCCCUGCGAUACACAACCAUGCACCACCAAGCCUAGCGGCCAGGAUUCAGAUGGACAACGAAAUGAGGGACUCACCGAUGUAUACACAGCUCCAACAUGAUUUGAUUGAGCAUGUGUGGGCUAAUGCCUAG